CUGAAGAAGAUUCCGCCGUACUGGUACCCCUACCAUACGAUGGCCAAAGGGCGGUGGUUAGGGAGGGAAAUCCUCGAGGUUGUCAGUACGGAGUUUAGGGAUCGUAGUAUGGAAUAUUAUAGAUAUGCGCUGGAAUCUGGAGUCACAACUAUCAAUGGUAAGGUUGCCAAACCGGACAUGAUCAUCCGCGACGGUGAUCGAAUAGAAAAUGUCGUUCAUCGGCACGAGCCGCCAGUCACGGCUUCACCUGUCCGAAUUCUGCACCACGACAAAGAGAGAGAGUUUGUGGUGAUAGACAAGCCCGGGAGCAUUCCCGUGCACCCUACAGGGCGAUACUUCAAGCACUCCCUCAUCGAGAUAAUGAAAGACGACUUUGGUUUCGAGAAAGUGUACACCGUCAACCGUCUGGACAGGCUCACCUCAGGCCUCAUGAUCCUGGCUCUAUCCUCUGCCCGCGCGCGGAUCCUGACCGACGAGUUUGUCCAGGGGAAGGUCAGGAAGGAGUACAUAGCGAGAGUGCGCGGGCAAUUCCCCGAGGAGGAAGUGACGUGUGAGCAACCACUACUCUGCGUCGAUCGCCAGAUGGGACUGAACGUCGUGCAUCCGGAAGGAAAGGAAGCUAAGACCAUCUUCAAGCGGCUACAUUACGACGAAAAUACAGAUUCAAGCGUGUUACAUUGUCGACCCCUAACCGGACGAUCCCAUCAAAUUCGAGUGCACCUCCAAUACCUCGGCUACCCGAUCGCCAACGAUCCCAUAUAUAGCGAGGCGAGAAUAUGGGGUCCGAACCUUGGUAAGAACGGGAUCGACACCAUACCCACUGAGGAACGCGCUGCACCUGCGCCGCCUUCGCACCUCACCGGGGCUUUGAGUGUAAACCCGGAAUCCCGGAAGUUGCUCCCGCGCGAGACUGGACAUGACAUCGGGAUGGGCUCUCCUGUUCCGCUUUCUGCGGAAGCUGUCAGAAUUAUCACCCGAUUGCGGAAUAUGAAGGACGAAGACGAAGACUGGAGCCGCUGGCGCGACGUUGUCUUCCUCGCAAAGGGUCGGCUCGCGCCGCAGAAUAUCAUGCAGAGGCCGCUGCCGCCUCCGCACAGGCGAGAACGUGGAGUGAUCGACCCCGAACCGCAGGAUAUCCAUUCGAAGGACGCAUCCCAGCCGGAGACGUACAGCGAAAAGGCGGAACACGUGCGAUUCUGUCCCGAGUGCUACCUUCCUCUGCAUCCGGAUCCCAAGCCCGAAAAGCUGUAUAUCUUCUUGCACGCUCUGAGGUAUACGACCAGUCUGGGGACGUUCGAGACGGAGAUGCCGGAGUGGGCCUCGGAGGGUUGGACGUGGGACCGGUUGUCUUAGAGAAGUCUUAGCUCCCUGUUCUGCCUCUUCGGCAGAUAUGUUGACACUGCCAAUCGUCGAGUGGCC